AUGCCUACUGCCGAGUCCACCCAGGGUGGUUCGCGCAAUCCAAGCAUCGGGUCUAGCAGCGGACCUCCAGACCAGGCACUGACCGGGAAGCAGGAACAUUACCUCAAACGAGAGCUCAUAGCCGAGCAAGUCAACUGGGAAAUCUCCGAACUGAAUUCGCCCACUGCUCUUCGGAGAUUCGGCGCGCCCUUCAAGUCGGAGUUUGGAGAGGUCUCUCCGUAUGAUUCCGAACUGCCUAUCCUCCGAUACAUAUUCGUUCACCAUGUCCGAGAGUUUCCGUUCCUGGACAGGGCGAGGGAGAAGGAGUUCUGGCAAGACAAGCUACAAGUCUUUCUCGAGUCGUUUGCCGGCAAGAACAUUUCGUCUUCCGAGGACAGGUUAGAGGAGACGAAGCGCCGAAAGCUAGCUAUGAAAUGCCGAAAGCUCGUCGAGUUGAUGAUGGUGUCGGGUGUUCCUACCGCGUCUGGGUUCGAAGAGCGGAUACGAUUUGCCGAGAUGGAAAUUGUCGAUAGAGACGCCAUCGACACGGGCAUGUUGAAUACCAUGCCUGAGGGGAAUUACGUUAACGGGUGGGACGUCAACGUAGCUGCCGUGCGUAUUACAUCGGUCAAGAGGAAUAUUAGACGUCACAAACAUGCGGAGUUCUUAUUACGGAUCAAGAGAAAGGGCGAGCUUGAGUUUUUCGUAGCCAGGCGAUACGGCGAUUUCGCCCGGUUACAAAGGCAACUGAGAACGGAACUUCCAGGCAAAGUCCUCCCUCCGCUGCCGAAGAAGAACAAGUCGGACAGCUCCGCGGCUGGCUUGUUGCCGCGUACGACCGACGGCGGCGACGACUCGGAAGUAUCGUCCAUCUCGUCUAUGUCGUCCAUCGCUCCAUCGCCUCGGGUCAACGGGUUCGCGGAGUCGAUGAAGACCCUAACGGUCCGAGAUCAUCGUCGAAAUAAGUCGACAGCUUCCAGUCGGGCGUCGCCGCGCCCGUCCGUGAACCUCCCCACGAGCCCGGUCCCAAGCCCCAAACCUGAGAACACAAUUCUCGCGCGGGAGAACCAGCGCAUAUCCCUGAGGGCAUACCUACGCUUUCUGUUGCAUAACCCUCAAAUUGCGCAGACCAAGUCACUGCAACAGUUCUUGACGCACGAUCCGAUUACGCCAACGGAUGAAGACGUCGACGAUAUCCUCCGGCGCAGGGCUAUUGACCGGAAACGCGUGGAGGAGCAGAAACAAUUUUACGAGAUAGCCAGGAGAAGAGCCGCGGAAUUAGAUGUGUACAUGGAGCAAUUUCGGCGAGACGUUGUCGAGCGGAACGGGUUGACGAUGCUCUUCCAAGAGAUUAGGGAUAAGGAAACCAUCCAGGAUCUCAGCCUCCAGUACCAGAAGUUCGCCGAGUGGCUCCGUAUCGAAGUGGCCGCCACCAUCUAUCACCUCUUCCUCGCCGAGGACAACUCGCCGGAGUUAUUCGCGCAACUGAAGCGAAUCCACUCCCUGAUCCCCUACACAAUCCUGAAGAACGUGAUCCGGAUUGCGAAUCCGGCUGCGGUCAUGUCUGGAGUACUCGAUCUCUUCCUAGCGCAACCUUUUGGGGCUCGCUCCCUCAUGCAGCGCAUCUUCUCCUUGACUCUGCACGACGGAAUCAGAAGCUUUCAGCGGUCGAUAGAUGCCCUAUCAGUUAAGAUCGACGAUGACGUGUUCGUACAGAAGCUCAAGCAAUUUGUUGAUGCCGAGGAGCACGUCAAGAUUGCGAUCCGACAAGAGGCGGAGUCCGAAGGCGACAUCCUCAUCGCUAUUCUGCGCUCAGAGCUCCUCACUCCAGAGCUCACCUCGGAGCAAGUGGAAAAGUUGUUCAACGCUUAUAUCGCUUUCAACAAUGCGGUGGAGCAUACUGAGGAAGAGUUCAAGCAGGGUGUCCAACUGUUCUCAUAUCUAAAGCAGUUGAUGAAAUUACAGACUCGGCAGCGUGACAAGGAAAUGAUGCUCAGGCUGAUCGAGGAGCCCGUUACGCUACAGCUCCUCCGCGAUCUUUUCACCAUAUUCUACGAACCCCUCGUUAGAGUGUACAAGUCGGCAAACGUGUAUAACAGCAUCACGGACUUUGCUGUUUUUAUCGAUGACAUGAUCCAGGUCGUUGAGAGAUGCAGGGAGCAGGAUGUGUCGGCAGAUCCGAAUCAGACGGUGCAGGCGUUCAUCGACCUCUGCCAACGUCACGAGCACAACUUCUACAAGUUCGUCCACGAGGUGCACACGCACGACGACGGCCUCUUCACGCAGCUCAUGGGGUGGAUCGAGGACAUCCUCGAGUUCUUACGAAAAGGGCCAGAGGGCGGGGCGCUCGACAUCAACGCCCUCUUCGAGGGAGGCGUUAUAAGCGGCAACAUAAAUAAGGAUAAAGCGAUCGACGAGAUCAACCAGCUUAUCUCUUGGCAAGAGGCGCGCAAGAAGUGGCAUCACGACAAAACUCGGCAGAAGAUGGCGGCGGAGGGCACGGCCGACAUGGAUAUCGGGGCACCCGGCCUGGCAAGCUUCCGCGCUAGCGACUUCGGUCUCAACGAUGUGGACCUGGAAGAGAUGAGCUACGACGACGAAUCUGACGACGAGGCGGAAGCGGAGGAAGAGGACGAGCUAGAUCCUUUGGAGGCGGAGAGGCGGAGGCGGGCCAAGAGACAGGAUCACCUCAGGCGCAAUGCCGGGGAGCCGAAGAAACCGACGGUCAGCGAGGUGCACCACUUGAAACACAAUUUCGGCGUGAUGCUGCGGGAGGGACGACCGGUCUCCCGGCCUCGAAUCAUCGCAAAUACCCCGUUGCGGGCCAAGGAAGCACCCGUACAUGUUAGCAGCAAAUAUCCCGUAAUAGACCACGAAUACGAUGCCGUCGUCGUCGGCGCGGGCGGCUCCGGGCUGCGGGCGGCGUUCGGCCUGGCCGAGGCCGGCUUCAACACGGCCUGCAUAUCGAAACUCUUCCCCACCCGAAGCCACACCGUCGCCGCGCAGGGCGGCAUCAAUGCCGCGCUAGGCAACAUGCACGAGGACGACUGGAGGUGGCAUAUGUACGAUACCGUGAAGGGCUCGGAUUGGCUGGGUGAUCAGGAUGCUAUCCACUACAUGACGAGAGAGGCCCCGGCGUCCAUCAUCGAGCUAGAGAACUACGGCUGCCCGUUCUCGCGGACGGAGGACGGACGAAUGCAACGCGCUUUCGGCGGCCAGUCGCAGAAGUACGGGAAGGGCGGCCAGGCGUACCGCUGCUGCGCCGCUGCUGACCGGACCGGCCACGCUCUGCUGCACACUCUCUACGGUCAAUCUCUCCGGCACAGUACCAACUAUUUCAUCGAGUUCUUCGCCCUAGAUUUAAUCAUGGAAGGCGGGGAAUGCCGCGGCGUCCUAGCCUACAACCAGGAAGACGGCACGCUCCACAGGUUCCUGGCGAAAAAUACCGUCCUGGCCACUGGUGGCUACGGCCGAGCCUAUUUCAGCUGCACGUCGGCGCACACCUGCACCGGUGACGGCAUGGCCAUGGUCGCCCGCGCCGGACUCCCCAACCAAGACCUCGAAUUCGUACAAUUCCACCCCACGGGUAUUUAUGGAGCCGGCUGCUUGAUUACUGAGGGCUCCCGAGGCGAGGGCGGCUACCUCCUGAACUCCGAGGGUGAGCGGUUCAUGGAGCGGUACGCACCUACGGCGAAGGACUUGGCUAGUCGUGACGUCGUCUCGCGAUCCAUGACCCUGGAGAUCCGCGAGGGCCGAGGCGUCGGUCCCGAGAAGGACCACAUCUACCUCCAGCUGAGCCACCUCCCCGCCGAGAUCCUCGCCGAGCGUCUACCCGGCAUCUCUGAGACUGCUGCCAUCUUUUCGGGCGUGGAUGUGCGCAAGCAGCCGAUCCCGGUCCUGCCGACUGUCCACUACAACAUGGGCGGCAUCCCCACCAGAUACACGGGCGAGGUCCUCACCAUCGAUAACAAAGGAAACGACAAGGUUGUCCCCGGUCUUUUCGCCUGCGGCGAGGCUGCCUGCGUCUCCGUCCACGGCGCCAACCGACUCGGCGCCAACUCCCUGCUCGAUCUAGUCGUCUUUGGCCGCGCCGUUUCCCACACCAUCCGCGACAACUUCACCCCCGGCGCCAAGCAGAAACCCGUUAGCGCCGACGCCGGUGCGGGAUCGAUCGAGCUCCUCGACCAGAUUCGCAACUCGGAUGGACCCAAGAGCACGGCUGAGAUCCGACUGGCGAUGCAGAAGGCGAUGCAGACGGACGUCAGCGUUUUCCGCACGCAGGAGAGCUUAGACCAAGGCGUGAAGAGGGUCACAGAGAUCGACAAGACCUACUCCCAGGUCGGAAUCAAGGACCGCAGCAUGAUUUGGAACUCGGAUCUGGUGGAGACCUUGGAAUUGCGAAAUCUGCUCACUUGCGCCACCCAAACCGCCACGGCCGCCGCCAACAGGAAGGAGUCGCGCGGUGCCCACGCGCGCGAAGACUACCCCGACCGAGACGACGUGAACUGGAUGAAGCAUACGCUUACCUUCCAAAAGAAGCCCCACGGGCCGAUAGAUAUAGCAUAUAGACGCGUCAUCGGCACAACGUUAGAUGAGAACGAGUGCAAGGCCGUCCCGCCGUUCAAGCGGACGUACUAG